CUGAAGUGAAGUUGAUGUUGUGUGUUUGUGUCUCUGUGUUCAUGCAGUAAAAUGGCAGAAGCCAGAGUUUCUCAGGAUGAGUUCUUGUGUCCAGUGUGUCUGGAUCUCCUGAAGGAUCCAGUGACCAUUCCCUGUGGACACAGUUACUGUAAGAGCUGUAUUACAGGCUGCUGGGAUCAGGAGGAUCAGAUGAGAGUCUACAGCUGCCCUCAGUGCAGACAGACCUUCAGUCCAAGACCUGCUUUAGCUAGAAACACCAUGCUGGCUGAAGUGGUGGAGAAACUGAAGAAGACCAAACUCUCUGCUGACUGUUACGCUGGAGCUGGAGAUGUGCAGUGUGACGUCUGUACUGGAAGAAAAUACAAAGCUGUCAAGUCCUGUCUGAUGUGUCUGAACUCUUACUGUCAGAAACACCUCGAACAACAUGAGAGUUGGUUUAAAGGAAAGAGACACAAUUUGACUGAAGCCACUGGACGACUGCAGGAGAUGAUCUGCCAGAAACAUGAGAAGCUCCUCGAGGUUUUCUGUCGCACUGAUCAGGAAUGUAUAUGUAUGCUGUGUACGAUUAUUGACCAUAAAAACCAUGACACUGUAUCAACUGCAGACCAGAGGACAGAGAAACAGAAGCAGCUGAAGGAGACGCAGAAGACGCUCCAGCAGAGAAUCCAGCAGAGAGAGAAAGAUCUUCAGCAGCUGAGAGAGGCUGUGGAGUCUCAUAAGCGCUCUGCACAGACAGCAGUGGAGGACAGCGAGAGGAUCUUUACUGAGCUCAUCCGCUCCAUUGAGAGAAGCCGCUCUGAGCUGAUACGGCUGAUCAGAGAUCAGGAAAAGCAAGCAGUGAGUCGAGCUGAAGGACGACUGGAGCGACUGGAGCAGGAGAUCAAUGAUCUGAGGAGGAGAGACGCUGAGCUGGAGCAGCUUUCACACACACAGGAUCACAUCCAGUUCCUGCAGAGUUUCCAGUCUCUCUCAGCACCUCCUGAAUCUACAGACGUAAAUGAUGAUCUCUUCAGUUCUCUCGUCUCUUUUGAUGAUCGGAGAGAAUCUGUCCAUCAGCUGAGAGACAAACUGGAGGAUUUCUGCAAAGAGCAGCUCAAGAAGAUCUCAGACAGAGGUAAAGUCCUGGAGAUUCAUCUGCUCUCAGAAACCAGUCCAUCAUCCAGGAACGACUUCCUACAAUAUUCCCAUCAGCUCACUCUGGAUCUGAACACAGUGAAUAAACUCCUCCUUCUGUCUGAGAACAACAGAGUGAUUACUAACACUGACACAGAUCAGCCGUAUCCUGAUCAUCCAGACAGAUUUGAUAAUAACUGGCAGGUGUUGUGUAGAGAGAGUGUGUGUGGACGCUGUUACUGGGAGAUUGAGUGGAGUGGAGAUGUGUUUAUAUCAGUGUCAUAUAAGAGCAUCAGCAGGAAGGGACGGAGUGUUGAGUGUGGGUUUGGAUAUAAUGAUCAGUCCUGGAGUUUGUUCUGCUCUCGCUCCAGAUACUCAUUCAGACACAAUAACAUAUGGACUGAUCUCUCUGUGAAGUCCAUCAUCAGGAGAAUAGGAGUGUUUGUGGAUCACGGUGCAGGAACUCUGUCCUUCUACAGCGUCUCUGACACAAUGAGCCUCAUCCACACAGUCCAGACCACAUUCACUCAGCCGCUCUAUCCUGGGUUUUAUGUUGAUUAUAAAUCAUCAGUGAAACUGUGUUGAUGAAUCAGAAUAGACUGACGAGGGAUUCUACCCAUAAUGCUUUGAGCUGCAUGAUGAAUCAGUAACAGUGAGAUGUUAUAGAGUCUCUUCUUUUCUCUUCAUGACAUUAAUACUGCAGCUGAACUUCUGUCACUGAAAUAACAUGAAGCAGAAUAAAUGUGUGUAAUAAAUUCUCAUAUAGACAGUAUAGCACAUACACACACAUAUAUAUAGCAGCUUCUCUGAAUGUCAUAUAAUUGUAAUAUUGUUUUAUCUCAUGAUUUUGUGGUUUUAAGUCAUAUUUGUCUCCUGAUGAAGACCUGCUACACUGCUAUCUUCAGUAAAUUCUUCUCCUCAUAAGAACUCCCGUCAAGCUUACUUAUUUUAUGUAUUAUAGAAAUCUAAUACAUCAGCGAGGCUAAUUUUAAUCACUUUUUUGGAGUGUAGAUUUAUUUAUGAGAAAUAUGAAAUACUACAGAAAUUGAAUAAAGCAGUCAAAAUGUGAAAAUAAAACACAGCGACAAUAGCUCAAACUUUAUAUCAUUUUGAUCUGAAUAAUGACUGUAUUGUUUUCUGCAGAGCUGCUUUACAGCUGAAACUCAGCGAAUUACAUUAACACUGUUAUUUUUCUGGUUUAUUACUGUGAAGCUGCUCUGAAUGAAUCUGUAUUGUAUAAAGCACUGUAUAAAUAUAUCUGACGUGACUUGGAUCUCUGCAUGUUGAGGUUCAGAGGCGUUUCCAGUCGUCAGUCGAUGUUGUUCUCCAGACGUGAGCUGGAUCUCCAGUGUCUCUGUGGGAUGUUUUGGCCUCUAACAGCUUUAGCUGUAUUUUCCUUCUGAUGUAAUGUCAUGACACACACACACAUCGGCACUCAAACAUGGACCUGUGUCGCCCUGAACAUCACUGCAUGAGCUCAUGAUUCCAGUGUCAUGCUCUCAGUGUUUCACUGGGCACACACAUUUUAUUUUAACCUUGUUUAGCAUUUUCAACGAGUUCAAAAUGCAUUUUAUUAUCAAGCCAGUAUACAAAGGGUCACCAAACUUGGUCCAUAAUAUGAGUAUUCUUCCAAUUAUCUCUGUCGCUCAAAAAUAAAAGUCGCUGGAUGUUUGUGAACAGGCGUUCGGUUUACAUUCAAGAGAAACUGAGGAGAUUAACAGAGAUGCAAACUAUAACUUUCGCCAAAAAUUGCCAUUUUGAAUUCAAAAUAGGUCAUUUGUUUGAUUCUUGUAGAUCCGAGUUGCUACUUCAUACAUCAGUACAAAAAAGCGCUGAUCUUUAU